AUGACUUUGAUGUGGCUUGGACUGUUUUGUGGUUUGACCUCUCCUCCCCUUCUCUCUUUUAACUUCCCCUCCCCGCUUCCAACCAAUGAAGACUUAAUCACUUUCUUCUUCCAUCCUAGGACAUUUAUUUACUCCUUGCUCACCAGAGGGAGGCCUUUCCCGGUGAUGCUCUUUCUGAGAGCGAUUGUCUUUUGCAUCGGAAAUGGAUUUCUUCAAGCCUACUAUCUGAUUUACUGCGCAGAAUAUCCCAAGGAGUGGUACACAGAUGUCAGGUUUAGUUUGGGUGUCUUCCUAUUUAUUUUGGGAAUGGGAAUCAACAUCCAUAGUGACUACCUGCUGCGCCAGCUCAGGAAGCCUGGAGAAGUCAUCUAUAAGAUUCCACAAGGUGGCUUGUUUACAUAUGUCUCUGGAGCCAAUUUCCUGGGCGAGAUCAUUGAAUGGAUGGGCUAUGCCUUGGCUACCUGGUCCCUCCCAGCCUUUGCAUUUGCAUUUUUCUCACUUUGCUUCCUUGGGGUUCAAGCUUUUUACCACCACAGGUUCUACCUCAAGAUGUUUAAGGAUUACCCCAAAUCUAGGAGAGCCCUUAUUCCAUUCAUCUUUUAAAGAACCCCAAUUUUAAGGAGCAAAGCUACGGGAAAACUCCCAGCUGCUGAGACUAUCAACUGUAAACUAUAAUUGAGCUGUCUUGAUCACAUGUGUACAUAUGAUGGUGUGUGAUAAUAGAUCUCUUGUUAUUCUGGUUGCCCGAGGCAUGCUGAGUCAUGCCUUCUUAACCUUUACUCCUGGCUGCCCAGUGAGCUCUAACCUAACUUCCUGUUGGAGCGUCACAGAGGCCCCUCCAUGGAGACAUUUUCUCCUUCUAGAAGCUUCUUCAUUUCCCAUGAGUGUUUAUUCCCUAUUGUAAGAUCUGAAGACAUGUGACUUUCUCGUAUUCUGUAUCAACUGUGGGAAGUUCUUCAGUCAAAACCCUUUGGCUGACAUAAUGAAAAAUGAAGUCAUAACAUUUGCAGGCAAGUGGGUGGAACUGGAAAUUAUUAUAUUAAGCAACAUAACCUGACUCAGAAAGAUAAAUACUGCAUGUUUUUCUCAUAUGCAGAUCCUAAAGUUUUAAUUUAUAUGUAUAUAUGUAUCUGUUUAUAUGUGUGUGUUA